AUGUCGCAGUACUCUGGAAAGAUUACCUUCUACGAGGGGAAAUGCUUCACCGGCAGGAAGCUGGAGGUCAGAGGUGACUGUGAUAACUUCCAGGACCGCGGCUUCAUGAACAGGGUGAACUCCAUCCGUGUGGAGAGCGGCGCCUGGAUCUGCUACGAUCAUCCCGACUUUAAGGGCCAGCAGUACAUCCUGGAGCACGGAGAGUACCCCGAAUUCCAGAGGUGGAACUCCCACAACGACCACAUGGGAUCCUGCAAGCCCAUCCGCAUGCACGGAGAGCAUUACCGCAUCGAGCUGUUCGAGGCUUGUAACUUCUCCGGUCAGUGUGUCGACAUCUGUGACGACUGUCCCUUCCUGCAGAGCCGCGGACUCUCCAAGAACUGCAUCAACUCUGUCAAGGUGUACGGAGACGGAGCCUGGGUGAUGUACGAGGAGCCAAACUUCCGUGGCCGUAUGUAUAUCGUGGAGCGUGGAGACUACUGCAGCCAUAACGAGUGGCAGGCCCAGAACCCCAACAUCCAGUCCAUCCGCAGAGUCGUCAACUACUUCUAA